AUGCUCCGACCAAAACCCUCCGCAUGUCUGCUCUGCACUUUCAGAGCAGCUCGAGUUCCCGCCACAGUAAGCAGAUGCCGUACCCAGCAGACGGCGAGUCUGUACCAAGCCUCGAAAGCAAAUGCUAGACCGAAUCGCAUGGGACUUGCGAAAGCUAGAGUCGUCGGGUCAGAUGGAAUAAAAUCAAAUGAACCAGGACGACCUGGAAGGAGGCGUCAAGAUGGACCAUUUGGAGGCAUGAAUUUGAAGGUGGCAGGAAUUCGAGGAGUUCCCGAGCGAGGCAGCCAGGGCAGCAGACCAGACAGUACGACGGCGAUAAAGAGUGGAGGGCCCCAGCGGCCCGCUGGUAGAGGAUCCAAAGAUCGGAAAGAUCGUGGCUUCAAAGCUCUGAAGAUGCAGAGAACAUUGGCUCCUGUAUCAUAUGAUCAGAGGACGAGAAUCAAGGAAAGGAUCCAAGAGGUGGAUUCGUUCAACAACUUUAACCUCCUGGACUCAGUAAAGGCAUCAAUACCGACACAAGCCCUGCAAGGAAUGCAGGACCUGAUUCCAACCCCAGUACAGAAGAUUGCCAUUCCAAGACUAUUGGGUGACAAGGCACCAAAGAGAAGGAAGGAUACUGUGCGAGAAGAGUUCUUGAUUGCUGCAGAGACUGGAUCGGGAAAGACUUUAUCAUAUGUGCUACCCAUGAUAAACGCUGUGAAGCUGGCCGAACAAGAAGACGCGGAUAUCGAGGCACACGAAAAAGCACUAGCGGAGGAACGUCGACGACAGAACGACUUGACUCUGGUGUCUCCUCCUCUGUCGAAUAUGCCCCAUCCUACUACUGGGCGGCCGCGAGCGAUCAUUCUUGUCCCCACAGCAGAACUAGUUACACAAGUCGGAAACCUCGUUAAAUCGAUGUCCCAUACCAUCAAGUUUCGCUCUGCUGUCAUCUCAUCCUCCUUCAGCGGCACAGUUAUUCGGAAUCGUCUUUUCUCUCCAAGAGGAAUCGACAUUCUUGUCUCCACGCCCCAUUUGCUUGCCUCCAUCGCCGACUCGGAUCCAAACAUCCUCUCCAGAGUCACUCACUUGAUCGUUGACGAGGCUGAUUCUCUCAUGGAUCGAGGAUUCGCUCCUCUAACCUUAGCAAUUAUUGAUCGAGCCACGCCGUCGCUCAAACAGCUCAUUCUAUGCUCUGCUACGAUUCCCCGGAGUUUGGAUGGAUAUCUUAGAAAGCGAUUUCCUGACAUCCAACGUCUAGUCACACCCAACCUCCACGCCAUCCCUCGUCGUGUCCAGCUUGGUGUGGUGGAUGUUGAGCGCGCGCCUUACCAAGGGAGCAAAAGCCUCGCAUGUGCCGAUACCAUCUGGUCGAUUGGCAAGGCAGCAGCUGAUCACGAUGGGCCCAUCAAGGGGAUGAUUGAUGUGAAGAGAGUCUUAGUCUUCGUUAAUGAGCGAGAAAAGACCCAGGAAGUUGCAGACUACCUCACCUCAAAGGGAAUCGAUGCGAUUGCGCUGAGUCGGGAUACGCCCGACAACAGGCAGUCCGAGAUGCUUGCAUCUUUCACAUCUGCAGAGCCUCUCAAUGCUCCUAAAGCAGAGCACCCAGGUUCUCUCGCCGAGAAUCAGCCCAAUUACGUGCCCAUGGGCCGGACCGCUCCACCUGUCAAGCGGAAAUUGAACAAUGUGAAGGUGGUGGUGACCACUGAUCUAGGCUCCAGAGGUAUCGAUACCCUGGCUGUAAGACAUGUCAUUCUGUACGAUGUACCACACUCGACGAUAGAUUUCAUUCAUAGACUUGGAAGGACUGGGCGAAUGGGGAGGAGAGGGAGGGGUAUUGUACUUGUAGGGAAGAACGAUAGGAGGGAUGUCGUGGCGGAGGUCAAAGACGGCAUGUUCAAGGGACAGGCUCUCAUCUAG